GGAAUGUAGGACUCAGUGAAGGAGACUCAGAGGGCAGUGGUCUGUUUCUCAGUUUCUCUCACUGGGCAAAAUGAUGGCUCUGCGUUUGAGGCCCCUGAGCAGGGGACUGGCUACUGCGGCCAAGGAAGGGCACGGAGGAGCAGGGGGAAAAACCUGGCGUCUGCUGACCUUCGUGCUCGCUCUCCCAGCGGUGGCUGUUUGCACCCUCAACUCCUGGCUCCACUCAGGUCACCGUCAACGGCCCGAGUUCAAACCCUAUCACCACCUCCGCAUCCGUACCAAGCCUUAUUCCUGGGGUGACGGCAACCACACCUUGUUCCACAAUCCCCGCACGAACGCUCUGCCCACGGGCUAUGAACACCCCUGAACUCGGGCGCCCUUGAAGUUCAAUAAAUACUGGCCAACCACGGCCCCCAUUUACUGGAACUAUAAUUUCAUCGUUGAGCUCCUUCAGAAUGGCUGUCAGAAUCUCUCAAGAAUUCUCUUCAGAAUAUCUUCUCCUCAGUAUGGCUUCUAUACACAAUAAGAAUUAAACUCACUCAUCUCAAAAAUGUU